GACACCUUUACUCUGACCUCUUCACCUCUAACCCCUGACCCGAGGUCACACCCAGCAGACACUGCGGAGAAACAUGGAAGGGAUCGGGACAGAAAUCACUCACAAAAUCCGGAGCGCGAUCAAAGCAAAGCUUGUGGACCUGGGAGCUUACGUAGAUGAUGAGCUGCCGGACUACAUCAUGGUGAUGGUUGCCAACAAGAAGAGCCAGGCGCAGAUGACUGACGACCUCUCCCUGUUCCUGGCCAAUAACACGGAGAAGUUCACGGCAUGGCUCCACGGAGUCCUGAGCAAGCUACAGAAUGCAACGGAAGGAGAAGUGAACACAGUGUUCCAGCAGGAAUCUGACGCUGUGAGCAGGAGUGCCAAGGCCAUGGCCGCUGUGACCAGCCAGAAGCCGCCUGCGCCGGCUGUAGCCAGUGUCUCUACACCUGCCGUGUCCACCCAGCACCUGGCAGCCGCCCCCCUACCUGCACAGCCCCCCGCACAGGCCCCCUUGCUGAUCCCCCCUCCGGCGGUCCCCCCUCCGGAGCCCAUCAUCUCCAUCAAACCCGAUGAUUCGGACAUGAUGGAGGAGCUGGAGACUGAGGAGCCUGCCCCCCUCCCCACUGUAUUGGCACAGUCCAGACACCCUGCAGCCACCCCUGUACAGUACCAGGCUGUGACCACCUCCCCUCCCAAACACAGGCCUGCAGAUGUGGACAGGCAUGCAGCUAAACAGUCUUCUGUACAGUACCUACCACAGUCCCCUGUGAAGCCCCGGCUUGCCGCUGUGUCCAGUCGUAGCAGCCAUCAUGGCAGGCAGGUGUCCAGCCAGCAUGUGUCACAGGUUCAUCCGGUUGCCCGGAAGCGUAAGACCCCGUCCUCCGUGGUUGGUUCCGUGAUCCUGUCAGCAGCACCAGAUUACGAGUCGGAGGAGGAUGAACCCCUGAGGAAGGGCGUGGCCAGUACGGUCAGGGUUCCAGAGAGGAGACCCAGCCUGCCUCCCUCCAAACAGGCUAACCGCUCCCUGCUGCUGAGAGCCAUCUCCGAGGCCAACCAGUCUGCCGGGAAGGUCAAGGGCAGGCAGGAGCACGCACAGGAGGUCAUGGUGCAGCCCAUGCAGUAUGACCCCAUGGUGGGGUCAGAGUACCACCCAACCAGCUACAGGCCGACCGUGAGGGUCGAAGGUCACCAGCUGGGGGGUUACCGCAGUUUUCGUAACAUCGUCUCCAGGACAAUCCAGCCCAGCCCGGUACAGGAGGAGGACUACCAGGAGCAUGACCUGGUGACCCCGCCCGGCGACCGGCGCAAUGUCGUAUCCAAGGAGGAGGAAGAAAUGCGUGCUGUCUGUGUGUGUGUGUGUUUUGCUAGGACUCCGCCCAAGACAGUCCCCGUCAGCCCCAUCUUCACUGUCACCUUGGACGGAGAAUCUUCCUCCCUACAGACGCUAGAUGUGCCUAAGAAGCGGCCGGCGAGCCCCAAGUUCAUCGUGACCCUGGACGGGGUGGACCCUCCGCCCGGGCGCGGGAGCUCGGGGGACGAGGCCGACGACGAAGCCGGCGAGGGGAGCGGGCCGUCAGAACCGGAGGUUCCCGCCAAAAGGAUGAAGGUGUCGCCCAGCCUGGCCCCUCCCAGGGUGCAGCGGAUCUUACCUGGUAGCCAUGGCAACGUGCAGCAGGUCACCUUCACCUUGGAUGACUCUGACGAGGAGAUGGACGUGUCGACCGGUGAGGCUGCCGCUGUUGAGAAGAAGCUGGAGCGCUGCCACUUCUGGCCGGCCUGCAAGAACGGGGACGAGUGUCCGGUCAUGCACCCCAACACACCCUGCAGGAACUUCCCGAAGUGUAAGUAUGGAGAGAAGUGUCUGUUCAUCCACCCCAACUGUAAGUUUGAUGCGAAGUGCUCGCGGAAGGACUGCCCCUUCACUCACGCCAGCAGGAGGCAGAUCAGCCCAGCAAAGGCCUCACCAUUCUACUCCAGCCCAGCCCAGCCGGCCUUCACGUUCCCCAGCCCCGUAACCCCCGCCCCCCCACCGCCCAGCAAGCAGAGCAAGCCGGUCUGUCGCUUCUACCCCAACUGUACCCGGACGGACUGCACCUUCCUGCACCCCAAGUUCCCCCCUCCUGGCUACUGGGGACUCCCCUUCUCUACUCGCUACCCACACCUUAAAAACUGCCGUUACGGUCUGUCCUGCACCAGGCCCGACUGUGUGUUCACCCACCCCAACCUGCCGCCACCCUCUGCAUUCAAGUGGAGCGCCACCCGACACAUCAGCGAGAGGAAGUUUGCAGAUGAGACCAAAGUGACACACGUACCAACACUUUCCUCGUGAUGGCUGUAGCACAGACUCGAGAGAACCACUGCAGAAGUACCCGGCCAUUGCAGCACUGU